AUGGAAGACAUCACCAGACUUUUCGCGGCCAUGUGCCUCUCCGGGCCAUCCAAGAGCGUCCUGGACGAUAAGGACGAAUACCAGAAGACGACGGAAGCACAGAAGGACCGCGAAUACUGGGAGAUGUUGAUCAACCGCCACAUCAUCUCCGCCGACACGCCAUACGACGUCGCCAUGCUGUUGUACGGCAGCGCAAAUGCCUACAUCACGCCUCUCCUGAGACGUCGCCGCUGGAUCGCCAUGGAUGACUCGGAUUACGUUCGACUGCUGCCAUCCAUCGUGCUGGCGUCUCACUUUUUUGAGAGCCGCCGCGCGAUGGUCUUCUGGCAUGCACUCUUCGAGCAUGGUGGCCUCGCGGACCCUCAGACCGGACUGGUUAUCUUCGGCCGUAUGGGGAAUGACAAGUAUACCGAACUCUCACCAGCCGACCACGAAAAGACAAGAGCUCGACUGCGAUCGCUCGAGAACAUCGUUCUCGAGUGUGGUCACGAGAUGCAAACCGGCUGUGAUUGUUUCGGCGAGACAAUUCCAGAGCCGUUGAAAGGAAAGGAUCGCUUUCACCCAGGAAGUGCCAUCAUCAGGCUGAACGCGAAAUAUCUCGAUGGGAUCGAUUUCGCAGGAGGAGCAAAACAUGACGUACUGCGACGAAUUUUCAUCAUCGCUGCUACGAUCGUGCACGAGCUCGCGCACGCUAUUUGCGCCGCGGCUCGAUGUCCAUGGAGCGAGAUGGCGUGGGAAGAGGACGGAUUCGUGGAGAUGGGGUGGGCAUUGGAGAAGUGGUUGUUUGGAGGCCAGCCGAUGAUUCUCAACAGGACGUUGCAAGCUCCAGGGUUUGAUUACUGCGUUGCGACAGAGACCUUGGAGUUGAUGACUUUGGGAAUGGGGAAGGAUGACGAUGCAAGCGAGGGGGUGACCGCAGGACGAGCGUCUUUCAUGACGACGUCUGGGAAGACGCUUCAUAGGCUGCAGGUUAUUGAUGAAGCGUGGCUUGACGAGAUAUUUGAUGCAUUUUUGUACAGAGGUGGAUAG